UUGUCGCAUGAACUCCCAAAAGAAGAGACCUUGAAAUCGACAAAUCCAUUAUGGUGUCUUGACAGUGACGUUUAUAUUUACAUAAUUUUGUGUAAAUUGUUAUAAUUUCAGUGAAAAAAAGUGAUAAAAGUUGCCGUAACAGUCGAUGCUUGGAUGAUAUUUGGAAGAUGAUAUAUGGAUGUUUUAUUUCAGUUUGAACUUUUCAAUUAUUUCACUUUCAAUUUGCUUAUAUUCAAUCCCAUGCCUAAUAAAGUGUUUAUGAAAACUCGCUGUUAACAAAACAGGGAUUAUGAUGUUGCCCCUAUUGCUAUCGCCAUGGGAACACCAGGCGAUAAGGCAAGCAUCGAAAAGGUAGUGAAGAAAGAGACACAAAGCCCUCAAGAACAAGAAUCGCCUCCACCGCCACCCCAACCUCCUCCUUUCGUCCUUCAACCACCCGACCUCCCGAUCACUCAUCCGAUUCCAGGUACUUCCACAGCAGACAUGGGUGUUAUAGAAAGGCUACCGCAAUUUGGAACCUUAGUGGGUAGCAGUCAGCCGUUUAUCGGUGCUGCCCCCGAUACCUUCAGUUUGGAACAAGCAACAAUAGAAAACUACUUCACGCAGACCAAGUAUUACCCGGACUAUCAACCAUCUGCAUAUUCUGUACCUUCGAAACCGAAGACAUUCCUCGGCAGUCUAGAUCAACCUGGCCCAUCUGGCUUGCAGACACCCAAGUCCAAACCGAUUCCCGUAACCAGCUUGGUGAAGUUGAAAAAGACACGCAAACCAUCCGAAGAACAAAGCAGCACGCCGCCAACGAAGAAAUUGCAUAAAUGCAACUAUUGCCAGAAAAGUUUCUCAAGUCUCGAGAAGUUAGGGAAGCAUCAACAAACUCAUACAGGAACAUCACCUUUCAAAUGCGAGAAUUGCAAAAAGGGAUUCACCACCAAGUUCAAACUGGUACGCCAUGCUCUCAUUCACUCCGAUCGUAAACCGUUUAGCUGUUCUGUAUGUGACAGGACUUUCCAUCGAAAAGACCACCUCAAGAAUCACAUAAAAGUGCACAGUCCCCAGAAGCAGGUGUAUGUUUGUGAUGGCUGCAAGAAGCAAUACACUUCGUUACUAAGUUACAGGAAACAUCUUGCCGUUCAUGCGGCUGAGGAUGGUAAUCUUACCUGCCAGAUUUGUCAGGACAGUUUUGAAACUAAGGAUGAGAUUUUGUACCACCUUAAAAUCCAUGCUGGCAGUAGAACCGUCAAGAAUCCGAACGAAAGGAAAUUCACUUGCGAUUAUUGCGAUGCAAAGUUUUAUACCAAGAAGGACGUCAGGAGGCAUUUAGUUGUACAUACAGGUAAGCGUGACUUUCUCUGCCAGUACUGCCCACAACGUUUCGGCAGAAAGGACCACUUAGUUAGGCACAUCAAAAAAUCCCACAGCACCAAGUACAAACCCGAAGAAACCGUCACCACUGCCACUAUCAAAAUCGAGUUAGACACAUCGAACAUCGAGACGACACCGAUAAAAACAGAACUGUCGGAAAGCAGCCUGUCCCACGCUCCGGAAACGUACCCCACCAACUUGGACAUUUUUGAAGACGAUCUGACAUCGCUAUUGGAAGAGAACAGCCUGGGCCUUUGCUUAACCUCCGUAUCGGAGGAGACCGAGCUGAAGGACUUAGGUAGCGCCAUUUUGGAAGACAUCGAAGGCCCCACGACCGAGGAGGUACUUGUGGGUGAAAAUUUGGAUGCUAGUCAUGAGGUCCUCGGAGGUGUGGUCUUGAACGAUCCGGAACUGCUACAAAGACUCCUGGAAGCUCCGGGCGAUAAGAACUUGCCGCUUCCCGGGUUCAGUCAAACGUUUCAGUCUCCUCCUCCACCUCCAGGACCGCCGCAGUAACUUUUAUUACUGAUCCGAAUAUUUGUCAUUUUUUUCAUUUGUAUGUUAACCUGAUCAUGGUUUUCACUUAUGAAAAUAGUGGUACUUUUUUCAAUAAUUUCGACUUUUUGGAAUUUUCUGAAACUUAAAGUGGAAGGAAAAAUUACAAAAUGGUUGAAAAUUCUGUAUCAUAUAGCAGUCUUUUAUCUAUCUUGGAGAUGAUUUUACUUUCCCUUCUACAGAAGAUAUUUUUUCUCCCGAUAGAAUUUCCGUGGUUAUUAUUUUUUAAUUUCAAACCAUUUGUACUUUUCCAGGAAAAAAACAUGUUUUAUUGCUGUUUUGAAAUAGAUUAUUUUUGUCAAACAAAAAACAAAGUAUUAUGAAGUUUUAAAGGAUUGAUUUUUUUAAAUUCAAUUACUUGAAAAAUGAACAAAAAUGCUAUAACAUUGCUUUUUAUGAAUCGAGAGUUCAUAAAAAUACUUAUUUUAUCAGAAAAAAAGAUAUGAAAGAUAAAUCACUUCAACCAAAAACAAAUGCAACUUAUAUUCAAAGAAUUUCAUAUAUAUUCUUUUGUUCUGAAUAUCGACAAUGUGUAUUAAUGUACACAUUUAUAACAGUAAAAUACGAUUAGUUGUUUUUUCAAAUCGACAGAAUAAUACAAAAAGAAACACAAUCGCUUACUAGUUCAAAAAUCAAAAUUUUUUCUUGAAAUAUGUAAAUUUCUUGAUCAAUGUCUUUUGCAAUCCAAAUUUGAGUUUAGAAAAAUACUUCAUGGUAGCACAUUGAUGAAAAACUGUAAAAGUACCAAUAGUUUUCGAAUCAACAGUCCAAGCUGACUUAAAUGAAAUAUAACGUUUGAAACUUUCACAUUCUUACACAUAAUGGUUAUCAAUUUUUGUAUAUUCUGAAAGUUUUCAGCGAAAUUACUCUACAUACUUAGUUUUGAUGUUGUGUAAAUUUUUAGACUUAAAAGUGCACAUGAUCACUUCAUCUGUUCAGCAAACGGACUAAAAUAGAGGGAUAUAAUUCAUGAUGUCGAACAUAUCUAUUUCAAACGAAAAUAUUCACUGCCAUAUUGCCUUUCUUUUCUUGAAUAUAUCAACUUUCAGUAAGUUAUACAAUCAGAAAUAUUCAAUGAAAUGGAUAUUGUCAGAGUUUAUCUGGCAUUUUUCAUGACAAAAUCAGUAUUAGUAAAACAAUUUUUUCCUCCCACAAACAUUCAUUUCAAUUGGAAGUAAGUCUAGUGUACAAAUGGAAAAAAUGAUAAUAAUUUGAGAUCAACCUGUAUUCUGUUUUGUUCUGAUAACAAAAUUGUGGAAGGCAAAAUAUUGGCCUACGAAAACGAAUUUAAAACAGGUUAUUUUAAUUUUAUGGAAAAAAAA